CCGCCCGACCCGCCCACACCGCCGCGCCGCACCUCACCUACCCGUACCUCCCUCCCCGCUGCGCUGCACCGAGCGGCCCGUCUGGCCGCCUCCGCUUUCUAUAUAACGUCCGGCCGGAGUCCUCGCGAGUUGUCCGUCUCCUCCCCUGCAACUAGUACGCUGCCACGCAGGAGCAGAGCAGAAUCCGGUAGCCAGAUCGAACGCCCCGCCCUCUCUCCCUCCAUCCCUCGCCCCCUUCCGAGCGCGUCGCUAUGGCGCCGCCCCGCGUCGGCCUGCUCCUCGCCCUCGCCGCGUGCCUCGCGUUCGCGGGCGCCGACGCGGCCGUCAAGGAGCUCAGGGUCGGGUACUACGCGCAGACGUGCCCCCGCGCGGAGGAGAUCGUGCGGCGCGUCAUGACCCGCGCGCUCGCGCGCGAGGCCCGCAGCGUCGCCUCCGUCAUGCGCCUCCAGUUCCACGACUGCUUCGUCAACGGAUGCGACGGGUCGGUGCUGAUGGACGCGACGCCGACGAUGGCGGGGGAGAAGGAGGCGCUCUCCAACAUCAACUCCCUCCGCUCCUUCGAGGUCGUGGACGAGGUCAAGAGCGCCCUGGAGGAGCAGUGCCCCGGCGUCGUCUCCUGCGCCGACAUCAUCAUCAUGGCCGCCCGCGACGCCGUCCUGCUGACUGGUGGACCCAACUGGGACGUGAGGCUCGGGCGGGAGGACAGUCUGACGGCGAGCCAGGAGGACUCGGACAACAUCAUGCCGAGCCCGCGCGCCAACGCGAGCGCGCUCAUCCGCCUCUUCGCCGGCUACAAGCUCACCGUCACCGACCUCGUCGCGCUCUCCGGCUCGCACUCCGUCGGCGAGGCCCGCUGCUUCUCCAUCGUCUUCCGCCUCUACAACCAGUCGGGCUCCGGCCGCCCCGACCCCCACAUGGACCCGGCCUACCGCCAGGCGCUCGACGCGCUCUGCCCCCUCACCGGCGACCAGAACGUCACCGGCGGCCUGGACGCCACCCCGGUCGUCUUCGACAACCAGUACUUCAAGGACCUGGUCCACCUCCGCGGGUUCCUGAACUCCGACCAGACGCUCUUCUCCGACAACGACGGGACCCGGCGGGUGGUGACGCAGUUCAGCCAGAACCAGGACGCCUUCUUCAGGGCCUUCAUCGAGGGGAUGGUCAAGCUGGGCGAGCUCCAGAACCCCAGGAAGGGGGAGGUCCGGCGCAACUGCCGCGUCGCCAACGGGGGGCGGCCGCCGCUGGAAAAGCAGGUCGCGCCGUUCCGGGUGCUGGACUUCUGAACCUGGUUCUACGGUAGGCCUGUAGGUGUCUCACGGGAGCUCUGGUGCGGGAGCGAACGAUAUGUUUGACAUAGGUUUGAUCGUGUCGCAGUUCUGUGCCUACCCAAGAAUGGUUUCAGGUCUGGCUACUGCUUAUUGCUAAUUGUUGAUGAAUAAUAGAGAAAUCGAUGCCUCUGGUACUUUGAUUGCCAAAGGCUGCAUUAA